AAUAACUUAUAAUAAAUACGCUUACAGCAUUAGUUAGUUUAGUAUAUUAUGCGUCGCUGCACUUACGUUAUCAUUAUUGUCGUAUCCAGCCUGGCGUAGAAUUAAUCCUUUUCAAGCAACUGUAGCUACUGGACUCUCAGAUACAACAGAUAAACGUUGUCCAAAUUUACCCCGUGCUGUCUUCGCUCAACGUCGUCGACGCUACCCGGUGACGUCGUGUGACGUAUGGCAGAUAGAAGUUACGCUUACGACCCGGUGUCAACCGGCGCGUCAGUCAACCAGCAACCGUACAGGAUGGAGCAGGGACAACUGUGGCGGCAAUACAUCAUCGCCGGUGCUGCGAACAUCGGCAUAGUGUGCACGGGUUUCUGCAUGGGAUGGACCUCGCCAAUCAAUCCGAAACUGACGGAUGCCAACAGCACGAUCGUGGGCGCGCCCGUCUCCAGCGAUGAGACUGCCUGGAUCGGCUCCCUGCUCACUGUCGGUGCUAUAUUUGGACCGUUCAUUGGCGGUUUUGCUGCGUCGAAGAUCGGAAGGAAAUGGGGCGUGCUCAGUUCAGCCAUACCCCUGAUCAUCGGGUUCAUCCUGAUGCUGACUGCAAGCAGUGUAGGCAUGAUUUACGCGGGCAGAAUCUUCUGGGGUCUCGCUGUCGGAAUACUCUUUACCGUUGGGCCAAUGUACUGCGCUGAAAUAGCCACGGACGACAGCCGCGGCGCUCUAGGUUCCUUCUUGCAACUGUUCGUGACCUUCGGGUUCAUCAUCGUGUACGGCGCCGGUCCCUCUGUCAGUUAUGCUGCAGUGCAGUACAUCGGUAUAGCGUGUGUCGUCGCCUUCGUCGUGGUGUUCUUCUUCAUGCCGGAGACUCCAAUUUACUACUUGACUAAAGAUGACAAUGAAUCGGCGGCCGAAUGCCUGAUGAAGAUCCGUGGCAAGUCGCGCUCAGGAGUUCAAGGCGAAUUGGACCUCAUGGCAGCAGACAUAAGGGCUGCUAUGGAGAAAACUGCUACGUUCGCGGAUCUGUUCCGAGGCGGGAAUUUCAAGGCGUUCUACAUUUCCUGCGUGUUGGUGACCGCGCAGCAGUUCUCGGGUAUCAACGCCGUGCUCUUCUACAUGACUGAUAUCUUCAGUGCUACCGGGUCUGCGCUGGAACCGGCGACAGCUACCAUCAUCAUUGGUGCUGUUCAGAUUGGAGCGUCAGCCAUCACUCCCCUGGUGGCAGACAGGUUAGGCAGGAGGCUGCUGCUUCUCAUCUCUAGUUGCGGUACUGCAGUCGGAUUGGGCUUGCUCGGGAUGUUCUUCAUGUUACAAGACAGAAAGAACCCUGCGGCGGAGUCGCUGGGCUUCCUGCCGGUACUGGCGCUGGUGCUGUUCAUCGUGACGUACUGCUGGGGUCUCGGCCCGCUGCCCUGGGCCGUGAUGGGCGAACUGUUCCCAAUUGAAGUCAAGGCCUUGGCGUCACCGAUCGCUACCGCUUUCUGCUGGGUUCUUUCCUUCCUGGUUACAAGGUUCUUCUCGACCGUCGCACUCGCCAUAGGUCAGGGCGAGACGUUCCUCCUGUUCGGCGCGUGCUGCGUCGGUUCAUUCUUCUUCACGCUGUUCGUGGUGCCGGAGACGAAGGGCAAGAGCUUCCAGGAGAUCCAGGAUAUGCUGGCCGGGAAAUCGUCGAAGAUGGAGAAAGCUUAGUUUAUAAAUAACGGCGAAUUUAUAUAUUUUUUUAUAAAUAUAGUUUAGUAUUAUCAGCCCAGAAGGCCAAGCCUGGGGUUCAUAGUUUAAGGACGUUACAGGAUCGGAUACAUCAAAUCAUGUAAUUUCAUGAGAAGUGAUCAAACUAACCUUAUACUUAACUCAUGGAUAAUAUUUUUGACGAGCAAUUAUCUACCGCUGGGGCUGGAUUUUUAUGAAUAAAAUGCGCUAAAUGAUACUAAGGGGGUAAAUAUAUAUUGAGAUUAUCGCUGACAUAAGUACUUACUAAAUAAUAAUGAAGCUUGUUUGGUGAAUAACAAAUUUUGUUUGUUAUUCACCCGUUUCAUCCUGUUCACUCGUUUCAUUCUUUUCACUCUUGGGCCCUGUUCACCUCCUUUACUGUACAUGUGGUUACAAAAUGAUGUAUCCGAAUCAAAAAAUUACCAAAGUACAAAGAGCCAGCGUAGUGCCUCAACUAGCAUUGAUGUGAUAAAAAAAAUAUUAUAUAUUUUUGUAAAUAUUUAAUGUUAUUAAUUGUUACCAAUAAAGUGUUUUAUACCGAGUGUUUUAAA